AUGGGCUUCCCUGUAGGCUACCCAGAGCUUCUCCUUCCAAAGCCACUUCUCCACACACUUUCUUUUCUCAGUUACCUUCGCAAAUUCAUUUCCACUCUCUUCCUUUAUUUGGGUUUCCCAGAUUUCCUCGAACCCGACAUUCGCUGGCGAGGCCGGGCCGGAACUGACGCUUCCUUCUCCACCUCCUCUUCUCCCACGUGCCGCCCCAUCCCGGUCUCAGCUCUCCUCAUCCGUGAACUUCUACCCGUUGUCAAGUUUUCCGACCUCGUCGACCCGCCAGACAGCUGCGCCGUUUGUUUGUACGACUUUAAAGGGCAGGAUGAGAUCAGGCCACUGAGGAAUUGUCGACAUAUAUUCCACCGUAGCUGUUUGGACCGUUGGAUGGUAUAUGAUCAGAAAACAUGUCCGCUUUGUAGAACAUGUUUCGUUCCCGAUAACAUGCAAGAGACAUUUAACGAGAGGCUUUGGGCUGCUUCCGGGUUCCCCGAAAUUCUUUGGUGAUUAUUCUCAAAUUACUGCUUUGUA